UUAUAACUAGGCACAAUAUUAUUUCAUUAAAUUAAUUUUACAACAGAAACCCAAAAUGACAUUUUAUAAUUAUAAUUUUUUAUGUGUUCAGUCUUUUACAUUGGAAUUUGGAGUGGCAGUUCUAACAGCAUUUUUUACGAUUUUGACACUGUUGAUAGUUGUGUUCAAUGUAUCCGAGUUAUCAAGUAUGCUUUCAGGUAAUCCCAUUGUUUUGGUAACUAUAUUCUUAUUACUAUUCACUUGGUUCAUGGCGAUUGCAGGAGCUAAUAUGAGGUCAAGAACAUUGAUAGCUUCGUCAAUUUUUAUUUGGUCCAUCUUCCUUAUUGUGUGGCUAGUUUUAUCGUUAUACUUCAAAAUACUCAUGCAGAAUACCGACUUCUGUGUAUCGCAUGAAACGAGAUGUGCACCAUCUAUGUGGCUUAUCGGCAGCGGCGGAGGCGGAGGCAUUGUAGUUAAUGACACCGAAGCACCCGAAGACGACGACUCUUCGGCGAACGCGACUGAACAAGAAGGAGAAGAUGAUGACCAACGGUUAUGGACGAUAAUUGACUUACCAGAAAUAACUUCUAAGACUUUUCACCCGGUGAGGACAGACGUAAUCCUUCAAGCUACCCCUGUCGCUGCUACUUCUGCUGCUAAUACUGUUAUUUCAAAUCAAACGACUGCUAUGAUGAUCGGUGUUAACAACGGGUGUGGCUGUGAACGUCACCCGCGGACGACGACUGAAAGUCCGCCGAGCGAUUUAAUAACCCGCGUCAUCAAGUACCGGAAAAAUAUGGCCAUGUAUCGUCAAACCGCGGAGGCGGCGAUACGACGAAAAAAAAAAGAAGGGAAAAAAAAUAAGGAAGUAUGGGAAUUUGAUAAUGGCGAGAGCGAUCCCGGAAAAGCAACUACUAAAGAUGAUUCCGAAGGAGAAGACGGAGGAAAAGACGAAGAAGAAGAAAAAGAAGAACACCCAGCUACAGCUACAGCUGACCCCAUAGAAUAUUUGACUAUGGCAAUUUUUUUACUGCUGUUCCUGUAUGCGUUGUAUGUACUAUUGUCCUACCACGACGAACUAAAAUAUAUGCGGUAUUGUAAAUGUACAUUUCUUACAUAACAUCACAUAACAUCAUAUAUUAUCACUACGUAAAGGCAGCCAUGAAACAAAAGUACGUAUUGUACAACAUAAUAUGUCAGUACAGAAGGUGGCUGCGAUGAUACAAGGCUAAACCGUUAAAAUUUUAAAAUAAUUUUAUUUGAGUAAAUAUAUUUAGGUUUUAAAAAUGAAAAAUA